CUCCUAAAAUAUAUUGGUGUCUGCUACAGACAAGUGACGACGCGACUGGUAAUCAACGGACAAACAACUCCCACCAUACAGCUCAACAGAUCCGUUAGGCAAGGAUGCCCCAUGUCACCAGUUCUUUUUGCUCUGUACUUAGAACCCUUGUGCCGAACAAUUCUGAACGACAGCAACAUAACAGGCUUCAGUUUCGCAGAUACUUCUCUGAAAGUCCUCGCCUACGCCGACGACCUUACGCUUGUGGGUGCCUCCAGAGAGGAAAUCCGCCAAGGUGUGCAGCAUGUCAUGGACUUUUGUAAAGUUUCUGGUGCUAAAGUGAAUCGAGAAAAGUGCGCGGGUGCAUGGCUAGGUGCCUGGGACUUAAAACCAACCACCUUCCUAGAGGUGAAGUGGACGUCUGAAAUCAUCAGCUACCUCGGUGUGUGUUUUAAUACUGCCAACCUACAGAAUGGACAAAAUACAAUUCGAAGUGGUACCCUCGCGGCAAAAGUGCAACAGUGGCAUGGGAGAACGGUCCCGCUUAUGAACAGAGCUUUUGUGUGUAACACUGUGUUCUUUCCAGCUAUAUGGUACUCAGCGCAGGUGAUGCCCUGUUUGCCGGCUCAGGUGAAUCGAGUGCAUAGAUUUUGCGCAACAUAUAUUUGGGAGUCGCGGUUUGAGCGCAUGAGGCGCAGUAACUUAUUCUUAAGUAAGGCAAAAGGAGGCCUAGGGCUGGUAAACGUAGAGGUAAAACUCAAAGUUCACAGGUACCUUUUUUUCAAAAACCAAACCCAUCAUAUUAUACGUCAUUCUUUCAAACAAUUAGGAGGGGGGUACUUAAGCGAGUGGAUCGAAGGUGCCCAAGGAGUCCCACGAGCCCGCACCCUAAAAUUCUACAGGGAGGUGGAGCAGGCAGCUCGCUUCUUCGAGCAGCGUUUUUCUCAAGAGUAUCUAAAAAAUGUAAAACGGAAGAGUCUGUACUGGAACACUAUAGAUAUGCUAUUCCCACCACCCCUAUAUCGGUCUCGAGUUGGAAGCCAGCUGGAGUCUGACGUUUUCAAGCGUCUACCAAAAUAUCCUGUAAAAACAGCGAUUAAGGAUUUCUUUGUUAGGUUACAUGUCGAAGUUCUACCUGUAAAAACAUGGCUACGUAACAAGGGUUUCUUCGUGCCGUGGUCAACGGACUGCCCUCUCUGUCCCUAUCCAGAAUCGUUGCAGCACGUAUUUUUGUUUUGUACAAAUGCAGUACUAUUUUGGCACAACAUACGAAUUGUGUUUGACGUGCAGAUAUACCCAAAUUGGGAUAACGUUAAAUAUCUGACACUGGAAGAUGACAAAAAUAACAACAGUGCUGAAACCCUGUUAUUGCUAGGUUUGUAUGCAAUUUGGAGAUCCCGAACUGAUUACGUCCUAGCACUAGAAAACGCAAAACCUGCGUGGACGCACUUUUGUGAUGCUUUUGCGUAUACAAGUUCGCUGCUGGGCGGCGAAGAUGAGUUUAGCAAGCGAUGGCAGGUGUGGCAGAAGCGCCUGCAGCAAAGAUGAAUACUCAUAUAGAUGUGCAAUUCGCAGUGUAUGUGUGUGUGUGUGUGUGUUAGAAAAGCUGUGAAGAAAGAACGCUUCCGUGCAUGGUACCUGCUAUGGAAAUAAA